GUCGAAUACAGCGGGCCUAGUUACGCAGCAACACGCCCCCCCCAUGCGGCAUCCGCAAUGCGUUGUCGUCGUCGUCGUAGUUCCGGCACGAGAGCCUGCAGGGGCUAGCUCGGGCUGGGACUAGCGCCGGCGUGCCGCUCGCGAUGGAGCUGCGCGACGGCGCGAUGGCACACGGCACGCAGGUGACGGCAGUCGAGGCCGCGGUAGGCUCGGGGGCGGAUGCGGCGGCGGCGGUGGCGGGAGCGGUGGCGUCGGCCAUCCACCUGGCCGACGCCGCCGUGGUCUUCAGGGAUGGCCUUGCUGUUAGGUGGGACCCUUCAGGAGGCGGCGCGGGCGCAGGCGGGACUGGCUACUGGGAAGUGGCAGGGCCCCGAACCCGACUUCGACGAGGCGGAGGACGUCGACGAAGAGUCGGAGGACACCAGCGACGAGGAGCUGGCCAGCAUUGAGCGCCUUCGGCAGGCCUGCUUCCGCACGUGUGAGGAGGAGGCCGGCGAGGCGGCCAGUGAGGCAUCGGCGGCCAGGGAGCAGGCGGUCGCGACCCACGGCGGCUGGGGCCUUGGCGGCGGCGGCCUGGCGGUGGCGGCGGGAUACCUGAUGGCGGCGGCAGGGGCGGAGGGCGCCGUGGCGGGCGUCGCCGAAGCGGCUACCGUGACGGUGGGGGAGACGAGACGGCGGGCAAGCAGGCGGAACGGCGGGCCGCGCCGCCUGGGCCCGCGGGGCGGCCGCCCUGGAGCGGCCGAAGUCGGGCGGUUCGGGGCUAUUCGUCGCGAGCCCCCCGCGUCGCGCGGCGCCUCCGCCCCGAACUCAAUCUAGGCGCGCGGAAGGAACCAGAGACCUGCGCGGGCGCGCGCGGCUCAGCGCGGGGUCCGUGGACAGACGGGGCCCCGCGCACCUUCGGAAACGUCGGGGACGUCCAGCUCUCACCCUGGCUCACGGCCCUUGCUCCUCGUAGCAGCUCUUUCUUUGGAGACGCAAAGGGGCGCGCGCCGAAAUCCAUUCCAUGUUUGACGGUUUCAGUGCGCAGGCGCGCCCUGCCGCGCGGUGGUUCCAUCUUAGAGCGCGCUGACGCAUCAUGCGAGGCAUUCCCUUUGCGCGUUGCGCAUGCUAUCGCGUACCAAUCGCGUACCAAUCAUGCGCUUUCUGGCGAGGCACUUCGAGGGCCCUCCCAGGGCCCGCCGGGGCCUCGACUUGCGGCGACGCAGGCCGACCUGCCUUCAGCGCAAUGAUGGCUAACCGGCCAAACACGGCACUUGGUCAUCGAUCUUUCUCCGUUUCCUCCCCCCUUCUCUUUGUUUAAACUCCGCAUGGGUCCCAUGCGAGGGCAUGCGGACCCAUCCGCAUGGAUCUCACUUUUGGCCCCACCGCUGUUGUGUCAGCCGCGGUGCGGAGGCUUGAGACGGCGGUCAAGAAACACCGCUUCCUUCCGAGUUCUCCGGCGGCUCAGGUCGGUCGGCUGGAUGUUAUUGUAUUCAGAGGCCAGUUCCAGCCCC